AGCUUUCCCGGUGUCUGCGGAGCAGCGCCGCCGGCUUCUCCUGGGGACGUAGUUGGUGGCAGCUCCGGCGCGGGCACCUCGGCGGCUCAGGGGCUCUGAGCGCGAAGCAAGGAGCGCUGGUGGCCGCCCGGGGCAGAGGGUCCGCGGUCAUGGAGCACCUCUUGCUGGAGGUGGCGGCUGCGCCGCUCCGAUUAAUCGCUGCCAAGAACGAGAAGAGCCGCAGCGAAUUGGGCAGGUUCUUGGCCAAGCAGGUGUGGACACCUCAAGAUCGCCAGUGUAUCCUGAGUACCUUAGCACAAUUACUUCUGGAUAAGGACUGUACUAUGCUAGUUGGUCGCCAGCUGCGCCCUCUCCUUUUGGAUUUGCUGGAAAGAAAUGCUGAAGCCAUUAAAGCUGGAGGCCAAGUCAACCGUGAUCUACACGAACGGCUCUGUGUGUCAAUGAGCAAACUCAUUGGUCACCAUCCUGAUGUCCUCCCGUUUGCCCUGAGGUAUUUCAAGGACACUUCUCCAGUGUUUCAGAGACUCUUCUUAGAGAGUUCAGAUGCUAAUCCAGUCCGCUAUGGGCGCAGGCGGAUGAAGCUCCGGGACCUAAUGGAAGCGGCCUACAAGUUUCUACAGCAAGAGCAGUCUGUGUUCCGGGAGCUCUGGGACUGGAGUGUAUGUGUCCCUCUCCUCAGAAGCCAUGACACCUUGGUCCGCUGGUACACAGCCAGUUGUCUCGCUUUGGUCACCUGUAUGAAUGAAGAGCACAAGUUAUCAUUCCUUAAGAAGAUUUUUAAUAGUGAAGAACUGAUCCAUUUCAGGUUGAGGUUACUAGAAGAGACCCAGCUGCAGGACUUGGAGAAGGCCUUGGUUUUGGCCAAUCCAGAAGCCUCGCUUUGGCGUAAGGAGAAGGAGCUGCAGUACUUACAGGGACACCUUGUUUCAGCUGACCUCUCCUCCAGGGUGACUGCUGUCUGUGGUGUGGUGCUGCCAGGGCAGCCGCCAGCCUGUGGAGAGCAGGCUAGUAAUAGGAAUUCUUCUCGUGAACAGGACCUGUCCUUUAGGUCUUACGUGCUGGUUAAGUCAGUCUGCAAAAAUCUUCAGACUCUGGCUAUGGCAGUGGCUUCUCAGAAUGCUGUGUUGUUGGAAGGACCAAUAGGAUGUGGCAAAACUUCCUUAGUUGAACAUUUAGCUGCAAUGACAGGUAGAAGGAAGCCCCCUCAACUUCUCAAAGUCCAGCUUGGAGAUCAGACUGACAGUAAGAUGCUAUUGGGAAUGUAUCGCUGCACAGAUGUCCCAGGAGAGUUUGUGUGGCAGCCUGGCACCCUGACACAGGCAGCCACAAAGGGACACUGGAUCCUUCUGGAGGAUAUUGACUAUGCCUCCUUAGACGUGGUUUCUGUGCUGAUCCCUCUUUUGGAGAAUGGAGAGCUCUUGAUUCCUGGCCGAGGUGACUGUCUGAAAGUGGCUUCUGGAUUUCAGUUCUUUGCAACCAGAAGACUCUUGAGCUGUGGAGGAAACUGGUAUCGACCGCUAAAUAGUCAUGCUACUCUGCUAGACAAAUAUUGGACCAAAAUUCAUCUAGAUAACAUGGAUAAGACAGAACUGAAUGAGGUUCUUCAGAACAGAUAUCCUAGCCUAUUGUCAGCAACUGAUCACCUGCUUGACAUUUACCUCGAACUUACUGCAGAGAAACAUCGCCCUCAGAGUGAUAGUUCUGUUGGAUGUGAACAGGCACCUGAAGAAGUUUCAGAAGCCAGAAGAGAAAACAAAAGACUAAGCCUUGAGGGAAGAGAACUGUCUCUAAGGGAUCUACUGAACUGGUGUAAUAGGAUUGCCCAUAGCUUUGACAGUCUGUCUUCAUCAGCAUCAUUAAAUAUUUUUCAAGAGGCUCUGGACUGUUUCACAGCAAUGCUUUCUAAGCAUACAAGCAAACUGAAAAUGGCAGAAGUCAUUGGAAGUAAAUUGAACAUUUCCAAGAAAAAGGCUGAAUUCUUCUGUCAACUUUAUAAACCAGAAAUUGUGAUCAACGAGCUAGAUGUGCAAGUGGGUCGAGUGCGGCUUCUACGGAAACAAAGUGAGGCCGUCCACAUACAGAGGGAGAAGCUUACUUUUGCUGCUACGAGGCCAUCCUCUGUCCUUAUUGAACAGCUUGCAGUGUGCGUUAGCAGAGGGGAGCCCGUGUUGCUGGUGGGAGAGACUGGGACUGGCAAAACAUCUGCUGUCCAGUACUUGGCUCACGUUACAGGACACCGUUUGAGGGUUGUCAAUAUGAACCAACAAAGUGACACUGCAGACUUGCUUGGAGGUUACAAACCGGUGGACCAUAAGCUUAUUUGGCUGCCCUUACGGGAAGCAUUUGAAGAACUCUUUGCCCAGACAUUUUCCAAGAAGCAAAACUUUACAUUCUUGGGGCACAUUCAGACGUGUUACAGGCAGAAACGGUGGCAUGAUCUCCUCAGACUAAUGCAACAUGUGCACAAGUCGGCUGUCAACAAGGAUGGAAAAGAGAGUGAGACUGGGUUACUCCUAAAAGAGAAAUGGGAAGCAUUUGGUCUUAGACUUGACCAUGCCCAGCAACAGAUGAAAAUGACUGAAAGUGCUCUAUUGUUUGCAUUUGUAGAGGGUACAUUAGCUCAGGCUGUAAAGAAAGGAGAGUGGAUCUUGUUGGAUGAGAUUAAUUUGGCUGCUCCAGAAACAUUAGAAUGUCUGAGUGGUUUACUUGAAGGAUCCUCUGGCUCCCUGGUGUUGCUGGAUCGAGGAGACACAGAACCACUGGUUCGUCAUCCUGACUUCCGUUUAUUUGCCUGUAUGAAUCCAGCAACUGAUGUGGGCAAAAGAAAUCUCCCACCAGGAAUAAGAAACAGGUUCACAGAACUUUAUGUAGAAGAAUUGGAAAGUAAAGAAGACUUACAAAUUCUUAUUGUGGAUUAUCUGAAAGGAUUGAGUGUGAAUAAGAGCACAGUGCAAGGAAUCAUAAACUUCUACACAGCCGUGCGGAAAGACUCUGGAACAAAAUUGGUGGAUGGGACCGGCCAUAAACCUCACUACAGCCUUCGGACGCUGUGCAGGGCCCUGCGAUUUGCAGCCUCCAAUCCAUGUAGCAACAUCCAGCGCUCGCUCUAUGAGGGCUUUUGUUUGGGUUUCUUAACACAGCUUGACAGGGCAUCACACCCAAUAGUUCAGAAGCUCAUUUGUCAACACAUUCUCUCUGGCAAUGUUAAAAGUCUGCUGAAGCAGCCUAUUCCAGAACCAAAAGGAGGUCGGCUUAUCCAGGUUGAAGGCUACUGGAUUUCAGUGGGAGACAAGGAACCUACAAUAGAUGAGACAUACAUUCUUACAUCUUCUGUCAAGCUGAACCUGAGAGAUAUAGUCCGAGUGGUCUCUGCAGGAACCUAUCCAGUGCUGAUUCAGGGAGAGACAUCAGUUGGUAAAACAAGCCUGAUCCGGUGGCUGGCUGCAGCUACUGGUAACCACUGUGUGCGUAUUAACAAUCACGAACACACGGAUAUUCAGGAGUAUAUUGGUUGUUACACAUCUGACUCCUCAGGGAAGCUUGUGUUUAAAGAAGGUGUUCUUAUUGAUGCUAUGAGAAAGGGCUACUGGAUUAUUUUAGAUGAAUUAAAUUUGGCCCCUACCGAUGUAUUAGAGGCACUGAACAGACUGUUGGAUGAUAACCGUGAAUUGUUCAUAACAGAAACACAAGAAGUUGUUAAAGCACACCCUCGGUUCAUGCUUUUUGCUACCCAGAAUCCCCCAGGACUUUAUGGAGGCAGAAAGAUGCUUUCUAGAGCCUUCAGGAAUCGGUUUGUGGAAUUGCACUUUGAUGAACUGCCUAGUUCUGAGUUGGAAACAAUCUUGCACAAGCGGUGUAGUUUGCCACCUUCCUAUUGCAGCAAGUUGGUUAAAGUCAUGCUGGAUCUUCAGUCCUGUCGCAGAAGUUCUUCAGUGUUUGCUGGAAAGCAGGGCUUUAUCACCCUUCGGGAUCUGUUUCGAUGGGCUGAAAGAUACAGAUUGGCUGAACAGACCGAGAAGGAGUAUGACUGGCUACAGCAUUUAGCCAACAAUGGUUUUAUGCUUCUGGCAGGCCGGGUCAGGAAGCAGGAGGAGGUUGAUGUGAUUCAAGAAGUCCUUGAAAAACAUUUCAAGAAAAAAUUGUGUCCUCAAUCCCUCUUCUCCAAAGAAAAUGUCCUAAAAUUGCUGAGUAAAUUGUCUACUCAGAUAUCCACAUUGGAGUCUAAGUUCAGCCAUAUUGUGUGGACUGAGGGCAUGCGGAGACUGGCAAUGCUGGUGGGAAGGGCGUUGGAAUUUGGUGAACCAGUGCUGCUGGUUGGAGACACCGGGUGUGGGAAAACUACUAUCUGUCAGGUGUUUGCAGCCUUGGCAAAUCAGAAAUUAUACUCAGUCAACUGCCACUUACACAUGGAGACGUCCGACUUCCUGGGGGGGCUGCGGCCGGUGAGACAGAAGCCAAAGGACAAGGAGGAAAUUGACACAUCAAAGCUCUUUGAGUGGCAUGAUGGCCCUCUGGUUCUGGCCAUGAAGGAGGACGGCUUUUUCCUCUUGGAUGAGAUCUCGCUGGCUGAUGACUCUGUCCUGGAAAGACUCAACAGUGUCCUUGAAGUGGAAAAGUCUCUGGUAUUAGCUGAAAAAGGCAGCCUAGAGGACAAGGAUAAUGAGGUAGAACUGUUGACCGCUGGGAAAAAAUUCCGUAUCUUAGCAACCAUGAACCCUGGGGGCGACUUUGGAAAAAAAGAGCUGUCUCCUGCCUUAAGAAAUCGGUUUACAGAAAUAUGGUGCCCUCAGAGCAUAAGCCGUGAAGAUUUAAUUCAGAUUAUCAGCCAUAAUCUUCGUCCAGGAUUGUCUCUGGGAAGAAUAGAUCAUAAAGGGGUUGACAUAGCUGAGGUGAUGCUGGAUUUCACUGACUGGCUGACCCAUCAGGAAUUUGGCCGAAGGUGUGUGGUCAGUAUCAGAGAUAUCCUGUCCUGGGUUAACUUCAUGAACACAAUGGGGGAGGAAGCUGCUUUGAAAAGGCCAGAGACCAUCUCCACUGUGACGUCUUUUGUCCAUGCUGCAUGCCUGGUGUACAUAGAUGGAAUAGGUUCAGGGGUUACUUCCUCUGGGUUUGGUACGGCCCUCUUGGCUCGCAAAGAAUGUCUGAAAUUCCUAAUCAAGAAGCUUUCCAAGAUAGUCCGACUCACAGAAUGUCAGAAAAAUGAAUUGAAGAUUUAUGACAGACUCAAAGCCAAAGAAUUCACUGGGAUAGAUAACCUUUGGGGAAUUCAUCCAUUUUUUAUACCAAGGGGACCUGUCUUACACAGGAAUAAUAUUGCCGACUAUGCACUCAGCGCAGGUACCACAGCUAUGAAUGCCCAGAGGCUCUUAAGAGCUACAAAACUGAACAAACCUAUUCUCCUGGAGGGCUCCCCUGGUGUGGGAAAGACAAGUUUGGUGGGAGCAUUAGCAAAGGCUUCAGGCAACACCCUUGUUCGAAUCAACUUGUCAGAGCAGACGGACAUCACAGACCUGUUUGGAGCAGAUCUGCCUGUUGAAGGUGGCAAGGGAGGAGAAUUUGCCUGGCGUGAUGGCCCCUUGCUGGCAGCCCUAAAGGCAGGCCAUUGGGUUGUGUUGGAUGAGCUUAACCUGGCUUCUCAGUCUGUAUUGGAAGGACUCAAUGCUUGUUUUGACCACCGAGGAGAAAUCUAUGUUCCUGAAUUAGGAAUGAGCUUCCAAGUGCAGCAUGACAAGACAAAGAUUUUUGGGUGUCAGAAUCCUUUUAGACAAGGAGGCGGGAGGAAGGGCUUGCCCAAGUCUUUCCUUAACAGAUUCACUCAGGUCUUUGUGGAUCCCCUUACAGUAAUUGACAUGGAGUUCAUUGCCAGUACUCUGUUUCCAGCCAUUGACAAAAAUAUUGUUAAAAAAAUGGUUGCUUUCAACAACCAAAUUGAUCAUGAAGUGACUGUCGAGAAGAAAUGGGGUCAAAAAGGAGGACCCUGGGAGUUCAACCUCCGGGACCUUUUCCGCUGGUGUCAGUUGAUGCUGGUUGACCAGUCCCCUGGGUGUUAUGAUCCUGGUCAGCAUGUGUUUUUGGUCUAUGGUGAAAGAAUGAGAACCAGGGAAGACAAAGAAAAGGUCAUUGCUGUGUUCAAGGAUGUGUUUAGUUCAAAUUCCAACCCAUACAUGGGAACCAGACUCUUUCACAUCACUCCCUAUAACGUUCAGCUGGGCUAUUCAGUCCUUUCCCGUGGCAGCUACGUUCCUCCCCCGUCCCACCGUCCCCUGUUGCUCCUGCACCAGUCUUUACAGUCUCUGGAGUCAAUUAUGAAGUGUGUACAGAUGAGCUGGAUGGUCAUCCUUGUGGGGCCAGCCUCUGUGGGCAAGACCAGCCUGGUCCAGCUCCUAGCACACCUUACUGGUCAUACGUUAAAGAUCAUGGCUAUGAACAGUGCAAUGGACACUACUGAGCUUCUGGGUGGAUUUGAGCAGGUUGAUCUUAUACGGCCUUGGAGGCAGCUCCUUGAGAAGGUGGAGGGCACUAUAAGGGCACUGUUAAGAGAUAGCCUUCUUGUCAGUGCUGAUGAUGCAGAAGUAGUGCUGCGAGCCUGGAGUCAUUUCCUUCUGACAUAUAAGCCCAAGUGUCUUGGAGAAAGUGGUAAAGGUGUCACGAUGGAGAUUGUCAACAAACUGGAAGCAGUAUUAUUGCUUAUGCAGCGACUCAACAGUAAAAUCAACUCAUACUCCAAGGCAGAGUUUGCCAAACUCGUGGAAGAGUUCCGAAGCUUUGGGGUAAAGCUUAUGCAGUCAGCCAGUGGCCGUAGCCAUGGCACGUUUGAAUGGGUUGACAGCAUGUUGGUUCAGGCGCUGAAGUCUGGAGAUUGGCUUUUGAUGGACAACGUUAACUUCUGCAACCCAUCAGUGCUGGAUCGUUUGAAUGCUUUGCUCGAACCUGGAGGUGUCCUCACCGUUAGCGAGAGAGGAAUGAUAGAUGGAUCCACUCCCACCAUAACACCAAAUCCCAAUUUCAGACUUUUUCUCUCAAUGGAUCCUGUUCAUGGAGAAAUAUCCCGAGCUAUGAGGAAUCGUGGACUUGAAAUCUACAUUUCAGGAGAAGGGGAUGGGGGCAUUCCAGAUGACCUGGAUCUGAAAGUUCUGCUGCACAGCCUUGGGUUGGUGGGGGAUAGUGUGUGUGACACCCUUUUGGCUAUACACAUGGAAACCCGGAGCACUGUUGUAGGUUCUCCAGCAUCUUCUGUUUCAACUCUAAUUCAGACAGCUGUGUUCAUUGUCCAGUACCUACAGCGAGGGCUGAGUUUAGACAGAGCCUUUUCUGAAGCAUGUUGGGAAGCUUAUGUGCACUCACAGCAUUCACCAGCAAACCGGAAGCUUGUGCAGGCUUUACUGGAGAAACAUAUUUCUUCUCUGCGAGCACAUGAAACCUGGGGUGAGUCCAUUCUUGCCAUGGGGCUAUGGCCGGAUUCUCUGCCCUCAGCUGUGUUUGCUGUGGAAGAUUCUCACCUCUCUAUAGUCCGAAGUGAUGGACAGAUCUUAGCAUAUUGCCUCAACAGGGUGAGCAUGAAAACGAGCAGCUGGGCAAGGAUUCAGCCUCUUACCUUGCCAGACUUAGAGAAAAUUGUGCAGUCCUCCAACCCUGAGAGCUUGAAAUUCAGUUCAGUUGAAGUGGAUACUUACUGGAUUGAUGAACCAGAUGUUCUGGCCAUGGCUGUUAAAUUGCUCAUAGAAAGAGCAACGAAUCAAGAUUGGAUGCUCAGAGUUAAGUGGCUUUAUCAUUUAGCGAAGAAUAUACCAGAGGGGCUUGAGUCAAUACAGAUUCAUUUGGAAGCCAGUGCUGCAUCUCUUAGGAAUUUUUACUCGAAUUCUCUCUCAGCUGGGAUUAGUAAUGUCAUCAAAAUCUUACAACCAAAUAUAACGGAUGAAUUUGUGAUCCCUCUGGACCCCAGAUGGAAUAUGCAGGCUUUGGACAUCAUCAGAAAUUCGAUGGACUUUGACCCACAAACAGACCAGCCUGAGCAGCUCUUUGCCCUUUUAGAGUCUGUUGCAAACAAGACAAUCAUAUAUCUUGACCGGGAAAAACGGAUUUAUACUGAAGCAAAUUUGGUUUCUGUGGGUGGCAAAAAGUUAAGAAAUAGUGUUUUGAGAAUGUCCUUUGAAUUCCAUAAAGAUCCAGAGAGCUAUCACAGCCUGCCCCAUGAAAUUGUCGUCAAUCUUGCUGCUUUUUUUGAACUUAGUGAUGCACUAAUCCUGCUCUGGGUGCAGUCCUCCCAGGGGAUGGUGUCUGAUGCCUGUGUCAAUGAGAUCUUGGAUUCUGUGCGGUGGCGGGACCGAUUUUGGACUGUGGCCGACACAGUGAAAGUGGAUGCCCCCGGCCUGGCCCUGCUUGCCCUUCACUGGCACUGGGUUUUAAAACAUCUGGUCCGUCAGAUCCCCCAACUCCUGAUGAACCAUGAAGACAAGUAUUACAAAGAGGUUCAGACUGUCUCAGAACAUAUUCAGAAUUGUUUGGGGAGCCCGACCGGUGGCUUCACUGGGAUAAAGAAGUUGCAGAAGUUCCUGGGACGACCAUUUCCUUUUAAGGACAAGCUGGUGGUGGAGUGUUUUUCGCAACUGCAAGUCCUUAACAAAGCCCUUGCCAUCAGGGAGCGGAUGCCUGCUCUUGGGGAGAGUGGAUGGUGGGAAGACAUUAGUCGGUUCCAAAUGGUUGCUUCUGAGUGGACAUUAAAGAGAAGUCUCCUACAGGCCUGGGGAUUGGUCCUCAGAGCUAAUAUUCUGGAAGAUGUCAACCCAGAUGAAUUGAAGAAUCUUGUGAAUGCUCAGUGUUUAGAGCUAAAAGCCAAAGGAAUUUCAUUUGGUUUUCUGGAGAAAAAGACCAUUGAACCUUCCUCCCUGUCCCAGCCAGACUUUACCUCCUUAAUCCAACUCACCAGGAGCGUUCAGUUGUGGCCUGCAAUGGAGUACCUGGCUAUGCUUUGGCAGUACAAAGUGACAGCUGAUUUUAUGACACGGGCUUGUCUGAGAGGGUCCAGCAAAAAUCAGCACCCCCCGAUAGAUGAGGAGAUAAGUCAUCACAUCACAUUCUGUCUUAAGCGCACACCAGUUGCUCCUCAAGAGCUUCGAGACCUUUGGUCCAUACUGCACCAUCGGAAGGUGUCUACUGAAGAAAUUUUUUCUUUGUGGUCUGAGUUAUUUAAUUCCACAUUUAUGUCUUUCUGGAGCAGUACUGUGACCACAAAUCCAGAGUACUGGCUAACGUGGAGCCCUCUGCCUGAUGUGCAGCAGAGGGAGAUGCCCAAGUCCCUUUUGGACUCCACAUUGAAGGGCCCCGGCAGUCUCAAUAGAGCCGUGUUCUCCAAGUGCUGCUUUGAAGUCUUGACCAGUAGCUGUAGAGCAAGUCCCUGGGAUGUGAGCGGCCUUCCCAUCCUGUCCUCCUCGCACAUCACCCUGGGGGAGUGGGUUGAGAGAGCCCAGCAGCUUCAGGACAUCAGCUCAGUGCUUUGGACCAACAUGGCUGUCCCUUCAGUAGCGGAGUUCAGACGCACGGAUUCCCAGCUCCAGGGGCUCGUGCUGUGCCGGCACCUGGCAGGCCUGGCAGAGCUGCUCCCCGAGCCCCGGCGGCAGGAAUAUGUGCAGAACUGCGAGCAGCUGCUGCUUGGGGACAGCCAGGCCUUCCAGCACGUGGGCCAGACUGUUGGGGACAUGGCCGGGCAGGAGGCGUUGCCCAAAGAGCUGCUGUGCCUCUUGCUCACCUCCCUGCGCCACUUGUUUGGGGAAGGGGAGAGUAAGCGGGACCUGCCCGAGCCAGCCCGGCGUGGGAGCCUCUGGGUGAGCCUUGGCUUGCUCCAGAUUCAGACAUGGCUUCCCCAGGCGCGCUUUGACCCCGCAGUGAAGAGGGAAUACAAGCUCAAGUACGCCAAGGAAGAGUUACACCAGCUGCAGUGCGAGUGGAAGACCCGAAACCUGUCAUCCCAGCUACAGACUGGAAGAGACCUGGAAGAUGAAGUCAUUAUCAAUUACUCUCAUCCUCAUGUCAGAUUGCUUCGCCAAAGAAUUGAUCAGCUGGAGAAUUUAAUCUGCAGUCUGUCAAAGAAGCAGGCCUUCAGACCCCAGCUGCCUGUGUACGAGUCCCUGGUGCAGGAGAUCCACCACUACGUCACCAGCAUUGCCAAGGCCCCUGCCGUUCAGGAUCUGCUCACGCGGCUCCUGCAAGCCCUCCACAAGGAUGGGCCUCGGUCUGCCCAGGUGGCCCAGAACCUUCUGAAGGAGGAGGCAUCUUGGCAGCAGUCGCACCACCAGUUCAGAAAGCGGCUGGCCGAGGAGUAUGCCCUGUAUCCAGACUCUGUGGCCCCACUGCAGGCAUCCAUCUUGCAGCUGCAGCAUGGCAUGAGGCUGGUGGCGUCCGAGGUCCAUGCCUCACUCCACAGCAAUGUGGCCUGUGCAGACAGGCUGAGUGCCUUGGCCACAUCCCUGUUGGCUUUCCCAUCGGUGGGCCCUACCUUCCCCACCUACUAUGCUCAUGCGGAUGCUUUGUGCUCAGUGAAGUCAGAGGAGGUUCUGCGAGGCCUUGGAAAGUUGAUCCUCAAACGCUCAGGAGGAAAGGAGCUGGAAGGCAAGGGCCAGAGACCCUGCCCCACCCGAGAGCAGCUGCUGAUGAACGCCCUCCUGUACCUGCGCUCCCAUGUGCUGUGCAAGGGAGAGCUGGACCAGAAGGCCCUGCAGCUCUUCAGACACGUGUGUCAGGAAAUCAUCAAUGAGUGGGAUGAACAGGAACGCAGAGCUCAAGAGAAGGCCGAGCAGGAAAGCAGCCUGUACAGAUACAGGAGCAGGAACUCCAGGACAGCCCUGAGCGAGGAGGAGGAGGAAGAACGGGAGUUCAGAAAACAGUUCCCACUGCAUGAAAAGGACUUUGCAGAUAUUUUGGUAGAACCAACACUAGAGGAGAAGAAGGAAACUUCAGAUGGGCAAGAAGAGGAGGCAACCCCAGACCCUGCCCUCCUGUCCCAGAGCUCAAUGCAGGCUGUGAUGCUGAUUCACCAGCAGCUGUGCCUCAACUUUGCUCGGUCCCUCUGGUACCAACAGACUCUGCCACCACACGAGGCAAAGCAUUACCUCAGCCUGUUUCUGUCGUGCUACCAGACUGGGGCAUCCCUUGUGACACACUUUUACCCCCUGAUGGGAGUUGAGCUGAAUGACCAACUCUUGGGCAGCCAACUUUUGGCCUGUACCCUCGCUCAUAACACUCUCUUUGGGGAGGCAACCUCAGACCUGAUAGUGAAGCCUGAUGGGCCCUAUGACUUCUACCAGCAUCCCAACAUCCCAGAAGCACGCCUUUGUCAGCCUGUGCUUCGGGGUUUCUCAGAAGCUGUUAGUCAGCUGCUGCAGGAUUGGCCAGAACACCCAGCACUUGAGCAGCUGCUGGUUGUAAUGGACAGAAUUCGUAGUUUCCCACUUUCCAGCCCCAUUUCAAAGUUCCUGAAUGGCUUAGAGAUCCUUCUGGCAAAGGCACAGGAUUGGGAGGAGAAUGCAAGCCGAGCUCUGUCUCUGCGGAAACAUCUCGAUUUGGUCAGUCAGAUGAUCAUUCGUUGGCGUAAACUGGAACUGAACUGCUGGUCUAUGAGUUUGGAUAACACCAUGAAGCGCCACACUGAGAAAUCCACCAAGCACUGGUUCUCCAUCUAUCAGAUGCUUGAGAAGCACAUGCAGGAACAAACAGAAGAGCAGGAAGAUGACAAACAGAUGACCCUGAUGUUGCUGGUCAGUACAUUACAAGCAUUUAUUGAAGGAUCCUCACUGGGAGAAUUCCAUGUGCGACUUCAGAUGUUACUGGUUUUCCAUUGCCAUGUCUUGCUGAUGCCACAAGUUGAAGGAAAGGAUUCACUUUGCAGUGUUCUGUGGAAUUUGUACCAUUAUUACAAGCAAUUCUUUGACCGGGUCCAGGCCAAAAUUGUGGAACUUCGUUCCCCCUUAGAAAAAGAACUUAAAGAAUUUGUUAAGAUAUCCAAGUGGAAUGAUGUCAGCUUCUGGUCCAUUAAACAGUCUGUGGAAAAGACACACAGGACCCUCUUUAAAUUCAUGAAGAAAUUUGAGGCUGUCCUGAGUGAACCCUGCCGAUCAUCCCUGGUGGAGAGUGACAAGGAGGAACAGCCCGACUUUUUGCCGCAGCCAACAGAUGCAGCCUCGAGUGAGGCAUCACCCAUUCAGAGACUGAACAGGGCACUGAGGGAGACCCUAUUAGCCCGGCCAGCAGCUGUGCAGCCCAGGGUUCCAGAACGGUGUCAGGGUGCUCCCUUCCCCUUGGAGGCGGGGCUUCUGCGUCGCUUGCCGAAGCUCGUGAGACGGAUGAGGAAGAUAUGCCUGACGCUCAUGGAGGAAAGCCACCUGCCUCACCUGGUGGAGGGCCUCGAUCAGUUUACUGGUGAAGUAAUUUCCUCUGUGAGUGAGCUGCAGAGCCUAAAGGUGGAGCCCUCUGCAGAGAAGGAGAAGCAGCGGUCAGAAGCCAAGCACAUUCUCUUGCAGAAGCAGCGAGCUUUAGCAGACCUCUUUAAACACCUUGCGAAAACUGGUUUGUCGUAUCGCAAAGGUCUUGCCUGGGCCCGCUCAAAAAACCCUCAAGAGAUGCUUCACCUUCACCCGUUAGAUCUCCGGAGCGCACUGUCUAUAGUCAGCAGCAGUCAGGAGGCUGACUCUAGGCUGCUCACAGAAAUCUCGUCUUCGUGGGAUGGGUGUCAGAAGUAUUUUUAUCGCUCUCUCGCACGGCACGCCAGGCUUAGUGCAGCUCUGGCAGCUCCUGCCAAGGAGAUGGGUGUGGGCAACGUGGAGCGGUGUAAAGGGUUCUCGGCACAUUUGAUGAAGAUGCUUAUCCGACAGCGGCGCUCCCUAACCACGCUGACUGAGCAGUGGAUCCUCCUCAGGAACCUCCUCAGCUGUGUGCAAGAGAUUCACGGCAGGCUGACAGGGCCACUGGUGUACCCUGUGGCCUUUCCCCCUCAGGACGGUGUGCAGCAGUGGACAGAGAGGCUACAGCACCUGGCCAUGCAGAGCCAGAUCCUGCUUGAGCAGCUCUCCUGGCUCCUCCAGUGCUGCCCCAGUGCAGGGCCAGCUCCAGGCCAAGGUGACACCCAGGCACAGAGUCAGCCUUUUGCCCCAGAAGGACCAGAGCUCACCACGGGACAGCUUUCUGGAGCAGUGCCAGCCCUCAUCCCAUCGGAUCUGAGGUACCCAUCCCCAGUACCCGGAAAUCAGCUGCCCUCUGGCUGCCGGAUGCGGAAACAGGACCAGCUUUGGCAACAGUCAACUGCGAGAUUAACAGAGAUGCUGAAAACCAUUAAAACAGUGAAAGCUAACGUUGACAAAAUUAGGCAGCAGUCUUGUGAGACACUCUUUCAUUCUUGGAAAGAUUUUGAAGUUUGCUCUUCUGGGCUGACUUGCCUGUCCCAGGUGUCAGCUCAUUUGCAAGGCCCAGAGUCCUUGUUCAUUCUUCCCGGGAUGGAGGUUGAGCAAACAGACCAACAAAUGGCAUUAGUUGAGAGCCUGGAAUAUGUAAGAGGAGAAAUCAAUAAAGCCACAGAUGACUUUACUACCUGGAAGACACAUCUACUUGCUUCAGACAGCCAAGGAGGAAACCAAAUGUUGGAUGAAGGGUUUGUGGAAGAUUUUUCAGAGCAAAUGGAAACUGCCAUCCGGGCCAUCCUUUAUGCCAUCCAGAACUUAGCAGAAAGAAGCAGUAAAACGACAGAGGAGAACACUGACCAAAGAAGACCACAAGAAGAAGAUGAGGCGGCAGGCUUUGAGAGACUGCAAUCUGAACAUCUAACAAAACUCUUAGAGGAUGACUUCUGGGCUGAUGUGAGCGCUUUGCAUGUGCAGAAAAUAAUUUCUGCUGUCUCUGAGCUGUUGGAAAGGCUGAAAUCGUAUGGUGAGGAUGGCACAGCAUCAAAGCACACGUUCUUCAGCCAGUCCUGCUGCUUGUUGGUGCGCCUGCUGCCCUUGCUCUCUGGGUACUCAGACCUCGUCCUCUUCUUCCUGACCAAUGCCUUGACAACUCACCGUAGCACUGCGAAGCUGCUCUCUGUGCUUGCGCAGGUCUUUACGGAGCUCGCCCAGAAGGGAUUUUGCCUGCCCAAAGAAUUAAUGGAAGACUCAGCAGGAGAGGGAGCAACUGAGUUCCAUGACUAUGAGGGGGGUGGAAUUGGAGAAGGCGAGGGCAUGAAAGAUGUGAGUGACCAGAUAGAAAAUGAAGAACAGGCAGAAGAUACAUUUCAGAAGGGUCAAGAAAAGGAUAAAGAGGAUCCUGACUCAAAAUCAGACAUUAAAGGCGAGGAUAAUGCCAUUGAGAUGUCAGAAGACUUUGAUGGGAAAAUGCAUGACGGGGAGCUUGAAGAAAAAGAAGAGGAUGAUGAGAAAUCAGAUAGUGAGGGCGGAGACCUGGAUAAACAGAUGGGCGAUCUGAAUGGUGAGGAAGCUGACAAACUAGAUGAGAGGCUGUGGGGUGAUGACGAUGAGGAGGAAGAUGAGGAGGAAGAAGACAAUAAAACUGAAGAAACAGGACCAGGAAUGGACGAGGAAGAUUGUGAACUUGUUGCUAAAGGUGACAACUUGGAUGCUGGGAAGUCAAACAGAGAUAAAAACUGGCAAGAUAAGAAGGAAGAAAAGAAAGAAGCAGAAACUGAUGAUGAUGGACAAGGCCAAGAAAAAAUUAAUGAACAAAUAGAUGAGAGGGAAUAUGAUGAGAAUGAGGUGGACCCUUACCAUGGCAAUCAGGAGAAGCUGCCAGAACCUGAGGCCUUGGACCUUCCAGAUGACUUAAACCUAGACAGCGAAGAUAAGAACAGUGGUGAGGACACAGACCAUGAAGAAGGAGAAGAAGAGAAUCCUUUGGAAAUUAAAGAAAAACCAGUGGAUACUGAAGAAGCAGGUCCUGAAGCUGAGGAAAUAAAUGAAGAGACUGAGGCUGACCAGAGUGAAGGUCAGGGUCACUGUGAGCCUGAGGAAGGCCCCAGUGAAGAUGACGAUGACAAGGGGGAGGGGGAGGAAGAGAUGGACACAGGAGCUGAUGACCAAGACAAAGAUACUGAACAUCCUGAAGAAAACUCAGGGGAGGAGCAGCAGUCUCUGGAGGACAAGGACAAGGAAGCCAGUGAGGAAAGUACAGAGAAUGGCGGCCCUGUGGACCAAGGUCUCCAGCCCCAGAUGCAGGAAAAAGAAGAAGAAGGAGACGACUCUGACACAGAGGAGGAGGUGCCAGAGGCUACAGAGAGGAAGGAGCACGACUCCUGCAGGCAGACUGGGCUGGAGAGCACGCAGAGCGCACAGGCUGUGGAGCUGGCCGGGGUCGCGCCUGAGAAGGAGCCGGGGAAGGAGGAACACGGGAGUGGAGCUGCAGACGCAAACCAGGCAGAAGGCCAUGAGUCCAACUUCAUUGCCCGGCUUGCUUCCCAGAAACAGACCAGGAAAAACACACAGAGUUUUAAAAGGAAACCUGGACAGGCUGACAAUGAACGCUCCAUGGGUGAUCACAGUGAGCAUGUGCAUAAGCGGCUGAGGACUGUGGAUAUAGACAGCCACACCGAGCAGGGGCCAGCCCAGCCCCAGGCCCAGGCAGAGGACGCAGAAGCAUUUGAGCACAUUAAACAAGGCAGCGACCCUUAUGAUGCACAGACCUAUGAUGUGGCCAGCAAGGAGCAGCAACAAUUUGCAAAAGACUCCAGCAAGGAUCAGGAAGAGGAAGAGAUAGAGGAUGUCUUCAUGGACUCGGAGGAGCAGGAAGAGCUCACAGCAGUAGACCCGGAGCAGCUGAAGCCAGAGGAGGUCAAGUCGGGGACCAGGGCAAGCCCCGGCUUUAAUGAGAUGGAGAUGGAGAUGGAGACCCAAACUGUUAAAACAGAGGAAGACCAAGAUCCCAGGACAGACAAAUCCCGCAAGGAGACAGAGAAUGAGAAACCAGAGAGAAGCCGAGAUUCGACCAUUCAUACAGCCCAUCAGUUCCUUGUGGACACGAUUUUCCAGCCCCUUUUAAAAGAUGUCAGUGAGCUAAGACAGGAGCUGGAGAGACAGCUGGAAAUGUGGCAGCCACACGAAUCUGGAAACCCAGAAGAAGAGAAGGCUGCAGCUGACAUGUGGCAGAAUUACCUGGUCUUAACUGCGCCUCUUUCACAACAGUUGUGUGAACAGCUUCGUCUCAUAUUAGAGCCCACCCAGGCAGCCAAACUGAAAGGAGACUAUCGAACUGGGAAGCGGCUGAAUAUGCGGAAGGUCAUUCCAUACAUUGCUAGUCAGUUUCGGAAAGACAAGAUUUGGCUUCGAAGGACCAAGCCCAGUAAACGCCAGUAUCAGAUUUGUUUGGCUAUCGAUGACUCUUCUAGCAUGGUCGACAACCAUACCAAACAGCUUGCAUUUGAAUCUUUGGCUGUGAUUGGAAAUGCUCUAACCCUCCUGGAAGUAGGUCAGAUUGCAGUGUGCAGUUUUGGAGAGUCCGUAAAGCUAUUACACCCAUUCCAUGAACAGUUCAGUGAUUACUCGGGGUCCCAGAUUCUGCGGCUCUGCAAAUUUCAACAAAAGAAAACCAAGAUUGCUCAGUUUCUAGAGUCUGUAGCCAACAUGUUUGCAGCCGCUCAGCAGCUCUCACAAAACGUCAGUCCAGAAACUGCACAGCUGCUCCUGGUGGUCUCCGAUGGACGCGGCCUUUUCCUUGAGGGCAAAGACAGAGUCCUGGCAGCAGUUCAGGCUGCCCGGAAUGCUAACAUCUUUGUCAUUUUUGUUGUGUUGGACAAUCCCAAUUCACGAGAUUCUAUCUUGGACAUUAAAGUACCAAUAUUUAAAGGACCUGGAGAGAUGCCUGAAAUCCGAUCUUACAUGGAAGAGUUCCCAUUCCCAUUCUAUAUCAUUCUUCGCGAUGUGAACGCACUUCCCGAGACGCUCAGUGAUGCUCUCAGGCAGUGGUUUGAGUUGGUGACGGCCUCUGACCACCCGUAGAACAGAAAGAACACGGUCCAAAGUGAGAGGCUUUAAACCAUGGUCAGAGUGUCACACUUCUGCCCAGGUGCUCCUUUUUGGACAACUGUUUCUGAACUCGCAGCUCUGAAAUACGUUCUUUCAUCUUAGAUCUGAUUUAUAAAAUUCAGCUACAAAAAACUAUUGCAAUGUAUAUUUUAUUUUACAAUAUGAUUUCAGAGCCUAGAGAAAGCUCUCAGGCUCCCUCUUUGCCUGGGCUACAGUUCCUGUAACAAACCUGGGGCAGCAAAGGUGCAGCAGCAGCAGGUGUCUGGUCUCAUACCUGGGGGAGAGCUGCUCUCGGGCCUGUCUUGGAAGCCUUGGCCUCAGAGGAGGCCGCACCCCACCCUUGGGGCCCAGCCGCCUGCUUUCCCUCACAGGGACC